AAGCCUUUACUGACAUUGUUGUGAACAACAAGCCAAUAACGUCUAUUUCACCCAUAUUCGAAAGGUUUCAAAAUGGCGAGUAUGACCAUGAAGCCUUUAUACAAUACCUCCUUGAUGCAAUAUGGUACAUUGAUACUACGAUAAUUGACAGUGCCAAUGACAAGACGAUGGAAAGUGAGCGUCGUCGAAACUUAAGUAGCAUUGUCAAAUACCUUAAU